UUUUAAUUUUUUUAAGCUCUUCCUUCUUCAUGUUGGAAGGGGGGAGAGAGAGAGAUCCCUGCUUGGGGUCCAGUAUUGGAGAGGGGACGGGAUAAUAACUGUGGCACCAUGUCCAGCGGACCUCGGGGCACCCGCCGUGUUGGUGUUGCACAGUCGCUUUAGCUUUGACUUUCGAUCUCUUGGUGGGGAGCUGUAAAGGGCAGGUUUAACAGAAACUAUGUCCUAAUUCUCACCUUGCACAGCUCCUGUGCAAUGAAGGCAAAACUGGGAGGGACGUUACACAAGGAAUGUAAGCAUGAGCAGGAUUUGGCUCUGAAUAACCUCAGCAUCACUGAAGAAUUAGCAACAGAAAGAGAGCAGUUGCAGUACACACAUGGGUAGUUCAUCCACCCUGGAGAAAGGAUGUGAGAUGACAGUGUUUAAAGAGGAAAUUCUGUCUGGCCCACCAUUAAUGUGGAAAUAGUUGAAAACAUUUGUUUUUUAAUUGCGUGAGCUGAGACCUGCAGAAUCCAAAGCUGUUAAGUAGGGCACAAGGCUUGUUUCAUCUUACGUUACCUAGGCUAUCAGAUCUGAUAUUACCGUGACAGGUAGGUGGUAUUGUAGUAGUAGUAUCAAUAAUAACAAUAAGAUCCCUUGGUUCAGCCUUUCUUACUGAUCUGUGGAAAGUGUGUAUAUGCUGUAGUUUACUGACUGCUUGUCUUGUACAUACAGAUGUUGUUAUUUCUAAGGAAAACUUGCCUGAAGGGACUUGACUCAUUUUUUUUCAAGAUGAACAUUUGCUUAGUGACUAUGUAUAUUACCUCUUCUGAAAUAUGUGAGGCUUGCAUAAUAUCUGUCAACAAAUGAAGAAAUCAAAGGAGUCGGCUGACCACUUUUAAUACUUUUGUAAUAUUUGGGUCCAAACAGCAUACCAAAUUGCAAACCAGAUUUGCUUACAAAAAUAUUGCUUUUUAAUGGUUAGGUGCACUGCCUUUAUGUAGAGUGUACAUAAAACCUUUGGUGAAGCAUGCAGGAGAAGUAGAUAUUUGUCUUUGUUCUGUUCUGCACGUGACUCGACGUACCUCAGAUUCUUCUGUAAAGACAGUUUUAUCAUAAUUUUAUUACAAUAAACGCAGUGGCCAAAAUAUUCUGGGAAUGGCAUUUGGUUAUUGAAAGACCAGAUCUAUAUUUUAGGAUAUCACUUUGAAAGUAGAAAAGAGGUGAAAUUCUGAAUUCCUUAUUUAGGGUUCCCCACCCCCCAGGGUGGAUUGUAUCAUUCUUUCAACUGAUAGCAACAUUUGUUACUAGAGCUGUGGGAAGGCUUUGGCAACCUGCAGUGAUCUGCACUUCCCACCUCUGUUGCACACCUGUGCAUAUGAUCUGCUGUCCACUAGCUUCAGACAGAGGGUCGUGUAUGCUGGCCUUAUUCUGAAUGAUGCUGUACAGCCACAACUUAGAGGUGGACAGGAUCAGACCUCUUUUAUUUGCAGCCUUUUGAAAUUUUCUUCACCUGUCACUGCAACUGCCAUAAGCACUUAAUUUUGAACCCUAUAAUGGUAGUUCCUUGAGUACACAGAGGGAUAGUUCAGCCACAAAGAAUUUGCCACAGAGAUCUAACCUUCAUUUGCUGCAGAGUCCCAUUCAUUUUGGUUUUAAUGAGAAAUGCACAUGGGAUCAGGGAUCGAUCCUUGUAGGACCUGGCCCUUACCAGCAGUUGCACAAGAUGCUUGGAGUGCUUGUGGGGUUCCUAUAUACCUUCAUUUUCUUCCAUUGAUUUUUACACUCCUGCAGAAGCAUUCUUCAAGGCUUGGGCCCCAAACAUGAACCAGAGCAGUCUAGACAGACGCUAAAUGCCCUAUAUUGAAUCAUAGACAGACAAGGUUCUUUGGGUGUGGAAGAAAAUGUCAGUCAGCAUGCAUGAGAAUCGUAAAUCUAGGGCCAGCACUGGCUCCAUAAAUAUAUACUUAUUCCACAAGUCGUCAUAUGCUGAUAGUGUCCUUACUCACCUGAACCUUCUGCGCCAACAGCGUCUCUUUACUGAUGUGCUGCUUCAUGCUGGGAACAGGUCAUUCCCAUGCCACAGAGCUGUUCUAGCUGCUUGCAGUCGUUACUUUGAAGCAAUGUUCAGUGGAGGACUUAAAGAGAGCCAGGCUAGUGAAGUCAAUUUCCAUAAUUCUAUUCACCCAGAAGUCUUAGAGCUUCUGCUGGACUAUGCAUACUCCUCCAGAGUUAUCAUCAAUGAAGAGAAUGCAGAGUCCCUGCUGGAGGCUGGAGACAUGUUAGAAUUCCAGGAUAUCCGAGAUGCUUGUGCAGAGUUUUUGGAGAAGAACCUUCACCCUACCAAUUGCCUUGGCAUGCUGCUGCUGUCCGAUGCUCACCAGUGCACCAAACUUUAUGAGCUCUCUUGGAGGAUGUGCCUUAAUAACUUUCAAACCAUCAGUAAAAGUGAAGAUUUUCUCCAGCUGCCAAAAGACAUGGUUGUGCAGCUCCUAUCCAGUGAAGAACUAGAAACUGAAGAUGAAAGACUAGUGUAUGAGUCGGCUAUGAACUGGGUUAACUAUGACCUGAAUAAACGCCACUGUUAUCUACCUGAACUGUUGCAGACUGUGAGACUGGCUCUCUUGCCAGCCAUAUACCUCAUGGAGAAUGUAGCCAUGGAAGAACUUAUCACAAAGCAAAGGAAAAGCAAAGAGUUAGUAGAAGAAUCUAUAAGAUGCAAGCUAAAGAUCUUGCAGAAUGAUGGCGUGGUUACCAGUCUGUGUGCCAGACCUCGUAAAACUGGCCAUUCACUCUUUCUUCUGGGCGGCCAGACCUUUAUGUGUGACAAGCUAUAUCUGGUGGACCAAAAGGCAAAGGAGAUUAUUCCAAAGGCUGACAUUCCAAGUCCACGGAAGGAGUUCAGUGCUUGCGCUAUCGGCUGCAAAGUGUAUAUCACUGGGGGCCGGGGAUCAGAAAAUGGAGUCUCUAAAGAUGUGUGGGUAUAUGAUACUCUUCAUGAGGAGUGGUCCAAGGCUGCUCCCAUGCUGGUAGCUAGAUUUGGCCAUGGUUCUGCUGAACUCAAACAUUGUUUAUAUGUUGUUGGAGGACAUACGGCAGCAACUGGUUGCCUUCCUGCUUCCCCCUCAGUAUCCUUAAAGCAAGUAGAGCAGUAUGACCCUGCGACCAACAAAUGGACAAUGGUUGCUCCACUUCGAGAAGGAGUAAGCAAUGCAGCUGUAGUCAGUGCAAAACUUAAGCUUUUUGCUUUUGGUGGUACUAGCGUGAGCCAUGACAAGCUGCCCAAAGUUCAAUGUUAUGAUCAGUGUGAAAACAGAUGGACAGUGCCAGCCACCUGCCCCCAGCCCUGGCGCUAUACAGCUGCAGCUGUUUUGGGCAACCAGAUUUUUAUUAUGGGUGGAGAUACUGAAUUCUCUGCAUGCUCAGCUUAUAAAUUCAACAGUGAAACAUACCAGUGGACCAAGGUGGGAGAUGUGACAGCUAAGAGAAUGAGCUGCCAUGCAGUAGCAUCUGGAAACAAAUUGUAUGUUGUUGGAGGCUACUUCGGGAUUCAAAGAUGCAAAACUUUAGACUGCUAUGAUCCCACACUAGAUGUGUGGAACAGCAUAACCACUGUGCCCUAUUCAUUGAUUCCCACAGCAUUUGUCAGCACAUGGAAACAUCUCCCCUCCUAAUUAUGUGUAUGCUGCAAGUAAAGAUGAGCAGUUUACUCCGUUAUUUGGAGAAGAAAACUGGAACCUCGGCUGUGGAGAAAUGGUUUUUAUGAAGAAAAAUUGUUCAGUAUCUCUUGAGUUUGAAGAAAAUCAUCUGCACCUUUGUAAAUUAUCUGACGUAUACAUGAAGGAAUAAGAGGAAAAAAUGUCCACUGCAUCAGCACAUGGUAUAAAUAAGAAUGAAUGAACCUGUGAUCUGGUCCCUAUGCUAGCAAUUGUGGAUAAAUGCCAAUGUUAAUCAGUGAUUUAAAGAAAAAAAAGAACUUUUCAUAACUGUGCAACACACAACUCUCAAUUUCCAUGGACUCCACUGUUUGUGCGUGAAGUUUUGAAAUGGUUGUCACCUCUCUUUGUGACAGUUUGAAGUGUCAGCACCAGCUGCAGGCCAGGUCUGAAACAGUGAGAUGUCGCUGUGUAUGAAGAUAAAGCUGUAUUGCUGCAGAAUUCUGCUAUAGGAAUGAGCUUGUUUAUAGGCAGUGCCUGAAGCAUCCAUUAGAUUAGUUUAUUGUAUUGUCCUAUCUGCAGUUAGUGACCUUUUAUCUGAUAAGGAACAGCACAAUCUGUGUGUGUGUGUGUGUGUGUGUGAACUUUUGCAGCAGUGGGGAACAAGCGAUGAAAACCCCAAAUUAUUUGUAAUUUCCCCCCUUCCUUCCCUGUAUUUAUCAGUGACUUUACUGUUCCAUUCCUGUUAUGUUACUUGUUGUAGAUGUAGCUAUUUAUUGUUCAGUGCUUGCAUGCUGAAACAAUGCCUGCAGUUUGUCUUCAUGUUGUAAGGGCUUCUGUGAAUAGUUGUACGUUUUGCACAUUUUGUGAUCUCUGACUUGCUCUGCUGCACAAAAAAAGAAACUGUUGAGUAACAGUUGGAGGUUAGGGGUAGGGCAGGGGGGAGGGGAUGGCUUCCUCAGUCGGAAAUGGAAGGAUUACAAGGCAGGAUCUUAAAUUACACGCAUAGUAAAGGAAGAAGCCAUGGAGGUCACUUUCUCAGGCCACCGACUCCCCAGGUUACAUGUGGUGUGUCUUGUAGAUAGUGUCCCUGCUACAUUUCAUUUGCCUAGUCAUGUCUUUGAAUUUCUAAUCUGGAAUAGCCAAAAUCUUUUACAGCUUUCUUUUUUGUGCAGCCUCCUGAUUAAAUAGAAAAUACUGUGGAUUAGUUUCUGUAUAUGGAGCCCCCAGUAAAGGCAUUGUCCAAAGUUA